AUGCCUGAGCAGUUGCAACCCCCACCAAACCAAACCGCCGCUGAAAAUGCGGACGACGAUCUCGACACCUUGAGGGUCCUCUCUCGGUCCCCUCAUCCUUACCACCGUCGGAGCUUCGAGCUAUUAGAACCGUCAGAUUGCCUGAUUCCGAGCCACGAGCCGUUUCCCUCCCUUGGCAAGGACUCAACACCACCGAGCGACAGCGGGACCGAAGCCGACGAUGAACAUUUCCUCAAGGGUCUGCCCGCACCAAAAGUAAGGCUACAUAAGGGCCUUCGUGGAAAGAAUGAACCGCUUUCCGGAACAUCCACGCCCUGGCUCUCGCCGGCAGUUCUGGAGGAGGAGGGCAGGAAGACGGCGUUGGGUAUAAACCAUGGCGAAAAGAGGGUCACCGCAGAAAGAGUGCGCCGGCGCAAGGAAGUAACACGAAGAAUAGCUGAAGUGUUGUUGCUUGGCUUCCAAGGGGGCAUCGUGGUUUUGAACCCAGACGCUCAACCUUAUGUUAGGAUAUACGGCAAGAGUAUGUACCCUAAUAGAUUCAGAUAUUGUAACCCGGCUAACGGAGUGGCCGCAGAAGUUCUUGCUGUAAUAGCGAUGCUGCUUGGAUUAGCUGCUUUGUAUCCGCUGAGACUGGCCCUAUGGGCUUACCGUCGUGGCACGCCGUCCAAGGCUUUGCCGAUUCGUGUUCCGGCAACGUUCGAUCCAGCACCACUUCUCUAUCCAUUCUUUACGCCAGUUCUAAUAUCCUUUUUGGUGGCACAAAAUGUGAAGGGUGUCGUAUUGCCAAAUUUGGUUCUCGGCAUAGCAGCAUUGCCCAGGGCUCUGUUCCCGGGUUCACGGUAUUGGGAGAGCCUCAGCUCGAGUCACUGGCUGUUCUCGUGCGCUCCGCUGUUUCUGGACAGACUCAUGGCAACAACCCCAGGAUCCCAGCAGGGCGAGAUGUCAGCUGAAGUGUUGGUCUUGCUGUAUCCAUUACACCAGACUUUGUGUCUUAUCUUGCACCAUCUUACCACGACCAGUCUCUUGGUAGCCGAGCUCCAACUGCUGUCGGUGGCACUCAUAAACCUACUACUACUAGCAACCUCUCCCCAGGCAGUUAUUUUGCAGGCUGUUUUAUGGGGAGGCGGCAUUGGUCUCAUGGUUCUUAGCGGUCAGGUCAUUCAAUGGGGGAUCUCUCUGGCCCGUGUACCAAAGUGGCGGUUCAAGAGGAGCGAGAUACCGUCGAAAGGGGGCUUUGGAUUCGGGCAGCUAAAACGGAUGCUGUCAUCACCAAACGCCCGCCGGCAGCGAUCGUCUACAGGGGAGUUCACGAACACGUUCUCCGACUCGGCUCAGUCUACAGAUCGAGAGCUUACCACCAAGCCCACCACCCUCCGGGCAGACAGCUUCAGCGAAAACGAAGUCGUGCCCCCCCCAACCCCUGACGCUCCAUCCAGUGCUGUCAAGCUCAGCUUUGCCAAGCCAUCUGCUAGCCAAAGCGUACCUCGGAGGCACACUCUCCCUUCCACGGGAAAGCCCGGCCCACGCUCAAAAAGCAGCACACCGUCCGGCCGCCGCAAACGUUCUGCGUCCUCAAGCGUGCGCGCCUUCUUUUCUCUCACCCAUAAGCAAGCCACCCUACGCAAGUGGAUGUACUCGAGCUACGUCCUCACGAGCAUCAUCCUCAUCAUCUUCCUCGGCAUCCGGACCUACGUCCAGUACUACGCCCUAGACGGCAACGAACCGAUAGGCUGGGCGUUGGGUUAUCUCUUUGGCGGGCUCUCACAGUUCCGCUUCCAGGUGGUGCAGCACGACCUAGAAAAAUGGAUCUGCCUCCCUUUUCGUCUCGAGCCUUCUGACGUCCAAUGCUCCUCGGGCUGGAUCCAACACCUCCGCCAGUUUUCGUUUGGAGAAGCCAACACGAGACUUGUCCUCUCCGGCUACUGGCUGACGAUCAUUGCGUUCGGCCUCGCCACAGUCUUUAGUCUAUCACCAGUCUGCGAGGUGGACACGAGAAGAAAGGUGUUUCACUUUAUGAUGGUGGCCAUGUUCUUGCCUACGAUUUACAUCGACCCUACGUACAUCGCUUUGGCGUUGUCACUCAUGCUAGCGAUAUUUCUACUUCUGGACCUGAUCAGAGCGAGUCAGCUGCCGCCUUUGUCGGGACCGAUUGCGAAAUUCCUCACUCCGUAUGUGGAUGGGAGGGAUUUGAGGGGGCCGGUGGUGAUUAGCCAUAUUUUUUUGCUGAUUGGCUGUGCUAUUCCGUUGUGGCUGUCGCUUGCUGGUCUUGGGAGGGAGGGGGAGGGGUAUGUUAGGGGGUGGGAGGUGAGGGAGAGGGAACUGGCGAUGGUGAGCGGCGUUGUGUGUGUUGGGUUGGGAGAUGCGGCUGCUAGUUUGAUUGGGAGGAGGUGGGGGCAUAGGAAGUGGCUUUGGGGAGGGGGGAAGAGUAUUGAGGGGAGUGUGGCGUUUGCGGGGGCGGUGUUUUUGGGGUUGGGGGUCGGAGGGGGGUGGUUGAGGUUGGGGGGGUGGGAGACUGUGACGACUGGAGGUGGUGGUGGUGGUGGUGGUGGUGGUGGAGGGCAUGAGAGUUUGAUGGGGGUGUUGGAUGUUGGGAGGUUGUAUAGGGAGUGGGGGAGGGAGAAGGCGCCGAGGAUGGGGGUUUGUUCGGUGCUGGCGAGCUUGACGGAGGCGGUGUUGACGGGGGGGAAUGAUAAUGUUGUUGUGCCGGUUGUGCUUUGGGGGUGUGUGAGGGGGUUGGGGAUAUGA